UCGGUGUUGUUAAGGUCGUGAAGCCGUUUUCCAAUGACGUUAGCGAAGUGAGCUAACUACUUAUCUGACUUGACUGAAGGAGUUAAUCUCUGAACUGUUAACUCUGUGUGUUGACAGCAGGCUACAGGUUACUACUAACAAAAUGUUAAAAACCUGUGUCUCACUGAAACGAGACAUGGAGGUGACGGAGGCAGAGCAGCGGCAGCAGGUGGAGGAGCAGGUGGAGAAGCUGCUGAGUGGUCAGGGGUCCGAGGUCUCCGGGUGUGACGUGGGCCUGGAGCAGAGUAAACCCGCCGCUCUGAGGAAGACCGUCACCUACAUCGUCUGCGCCGUCAUCUUCAACGAUAAGGAGGAGGUGCUGAUGGUGCAGGAGGCGAAGCAGGACUGCUAUAAGCAGUGGUAUCUGCCUGCAGGGAGGGUGGAGGUGGGGGAGAGUCUGGAGGAGGCGCUGAAGAGGGAGGUGAAGGAGGAGGCGGGGUUUGACUGUGAGCCAAUCACCUUGCUGCUGAUCCAGGAGCAGGGACCACAGUGGAUCCGGUUCAUCUUCCUGGCCAAAGUCACAGGUGGGAGCAUAAAGACUCCGUCAGCCGCAGAUCAGGAGUCUCUCCAGGCGUCCUGGUGGGACAGACAGUCUGUCCUCGCUCUGAGAGGACGAGACAUCCUCCGUCUCAUUGAAUGUGGCCUGAAGUACCGUCAGGAUCCGUGGCAUCCUGUCACGUUACCCAUGGACCUGAGCUGCCGACACGUGGUGCAGAGACUCGUCCUGGUCUUCACCAACGCUGAGCAGCGGAUCUGGAUCCUGCUCAUCAAAGCCCCGGUGCUCCACCUGCCCACGGCUGCAGCAGUGAAGACCCACACAGUGACCUGGGCGGCCAGCAUGGUGGUGCAGGAAGCCAUGCCGUCAGCGUACUACGACCAGGACGUUAACACGCUGGGCGUCUUCAGCCUGCAGCACAACGGCCGGCAGCACGGGAAGACGGACGGCGUGUGCUUCAACACGCUGGUGGCACUGGUGCCUGACCACGUCCAGCGCAAUGAGGACGGGGAGAAGGCGGAGUGGACGGGGACCGGACAGCCUCCACCUGUAGAAAACCCUCGAUACGUCUGGCACGAAGUCCAGAAACAAACACUGAGAGAGAAACUGCUGGAAAAGACCAAGAACAGCUCUGUGUUACCCAUCCACUGCCUGUACUGACCACAUGACCUCUGGGAUUUAACAGAGGGACUCUUAUUGUGACAGGAACACAUUGACUGUUGGCUCUAAGCCAGGUGCUUUUAUUCUGAAGGGGUUACAUGUAAACAGAGCAAUAAAGUACUAAUAUUUAUGUUUGAUCUAAUAA